GAUAAUCCAAUAUUUUCCACUCGAUGAUGUUCUCGAGGAAUGCUCUCGAGGGGUCGAGGCAAGGGGUGGAGCCUUGUCUUGCGGGUCCUGGUGGUGGUUGACAUCUGGACCCAGCCAGCUCCGGUCCAGUUCCUGUUCUAGUGGUGACCAUAUCUGCGCGGUACACCAGGACUGUUCUCUUUCGUGCUGGUCCAGACGAGUACGGAAAUACUACUGCGCCUUCUCUUGACUCGAAAUACGACACCGUGAAUCCCCUGCCCAAACUACCAUCUGCCAUGCCUAAGCAAGAAGUGUUUCACCUCCACCCAUACGGGUGGGAGAACGAUCCCGAGGAGGAGAGGUUCAAGGUCAGCACCCUGGACUACCUCACGGUCUGCACGUACAACAACUAUGCCCUCUUCUUCAAGCUUGAAGAUGCAGACAAGCCAAGGGCUGUCGAGAUUCUAAAGGCUGGUCUGGAGCGAACAAUUGCCCAGGCCAGACACUAUGCCGGCAUCAUCGAGAAGGACCCUGACAUUGGCCACUCGUUUGUCAAAAAGAAGGAUAGCACAGUCCGUCUCUUUGUGCAGUAUCUUGAUGAUCCCAGACAUAGGUAUCCCACUUUCCAGGACUUUGAGGAGUCCAACUUCUCGGCCGUCACCAUGGGUGACCUCAAGCUGUGGAGUGUUGAGCCCAUGACCUACGGCGAGAAGCCCGAGGCUCACCCCAACAACAGGCCAGUUGCCUCGGCCUUCAAAGCAAACUUGAUACCAGGAGGCAUGGUCUUGCACAUCCACCAUCACCACUACUCGAAUGAUGUAAUGGGAUGGGCGGGUUUUGUUCACCAGCUUGCCGAGAACUGCUAUGCCGUCGCGAACAAGACCUCCUUCCCGCCAUGGGACCACAAGAACCUGGACCUCUCCUGGUUCUGCAGGCCGGACCCGCCAGAGGCGUCCAAGGUGGACGGUCCUCCUUUGCAGAGCCGACACCCAGCCCACACCACCGGCCAGUCUCUCCUCUUCCACCUGCCCAAGAGCAAGGGCGCCGAGCUGAAGAAGCUAGCCACCCCCGAGGACGGCACCUGGAUCUCGACCUACGAUGCCUUCUCCGCAUUCAUCUGGCGCACCCUGAGCCGCGUCCGCGCCCCGGUCUUCAACACCGACCUCUCCUCAAAGCUGUUCUGGGCCGAGGCCAUCGAUAUGCGGCGGCGCAUGGAGGUGCCCUUCCGCAUCCAGCACAAUGUCAUGUUCGCCGCCCUGUCCUCCACCGCGCCGGUCGAGCAGCCCACCGCCGGCGAGGUCAUCUCGGAGUGGCCGCUGUGGAAGGUGGCGCGGUACGUGCGGCAGCUGACCGACAGCGUGACCGCUGACAGCCUCUCGCAGACCCUCGACGUGGUGGCCACCGUGCGCGACAAGACAACCCUCAACACCCAGAUCGACGCGAAACCCCCGCUCUCCAUCCUCCAAACGGACCACCGCGACGCAAGGAUCACAGAGACAAACUGGGGCUUCGCCCGGCCCACCACCUACCGCCAUGUCAUCGACAACGUCGGCGUCGGCGUCAUCGUCAUCUAUCCGCCCCGCGACCCUUCGGCCGAGUCCGACGAGGGACCCGAGUUCGCCAUCUUCUACGAGAAAAGGUUGGCCCAAGACCUCAUCGAUGACCCGGAGUGGAACAAGUACUUUGAGUACCGCGGCGUUGAUGCUGAGGACGCUUCGGCCGCCGAUCAGGUCAAGUGCGACCCGGUCGUGGUAUAA